AUGAGUUUAAAACGGGCAAAUGAAAAUGGAAGUCUGGUUCCCAUUGGUCCUCAGCCACCAUACAAACAAGCUCGAACGAGUGAGAGCAAUCAAAUUGUUGCACACCAUCGACGUACAUCAAAAUUAGCAGCACCAAUUAUGUUAUUACAAGGCCAUGAAGGAGAAAUCUUUUCCUGUAAAUUCCAUGCUGAUGGCGAAAUAAUGGCAUCGGCUGGUUUCGAUCGAAAGAUUUUUUUAUGGAAUGUUUAUGAUCAAUGUUUCAAUUGGGCCGUUUUAACUGGUCAUGGAGGGGCUAUUAUGGAAGUUCAAUGGAGUCCUGAUGGAAGUGAACUUGCUUCAUGUUCGACAGAUAAAUUAGCUUAUAUAUGGGACAUUACCACAUGUCAGCGUGUGAAAAAAUUAAAAGGCCAUCAAUCAUUCAUUAAUUCUAUUGGUUAUUCACGUAUUGGUAAAGAUAUGAUGUGUACCGGAUCGGAUGAUGGUACUGUUAAAGUUUGGGAUCGACGAAAACGUGGCGAAGUGAUGACAUUUUCAACCACAUAUCAAGUUUUAACUUGUUGUUUUAAUGCAUCAUCGGAUGCAAUCUUUUCCGGUGGAAUCGACAAUACAAUUAAAAUGUGGGAUUUACGAAAACAAGAUGUAUCUUUACGUCUUGAAGGUCAUCUUGACAGUCCUACAGGUCUCGAAUUAAGUCAUGAUGGAUCUUAUUUAGCAUCAAAUUCAAUGGACUCGACCAUACGUAUAUGGGAUAUUCGCCCAUAUUUCAAUGGGGUUGAUCGAUGUAUCAAAUUAUUACAAGGCCAUCAACAUAAUUUUGAAAAGAAUCUUUUACGUGUUGCAUGGUCACCUGACGGCAAACGUAUGUCGUGUGGAAGUGCCGAUAAACAUGUUUACAUAUGGGAUGUUGCAUCAAGACAAAUACUUUAUCGUUUACCAGGUCAUCUCGGAAGCGUCAACGAGGUUGACUUUCAUCCGAGAGAACCUAUCGUCGCAUCCUGUUCAUCAGAUAAAACGGUUUAUCUUGGAGAAAUUGAACCCUAG